UUGAAAUACCAAGUAUAUUAUUUUGAACGAUACGAGCAUUUUGUAAAAGUUGAGCGAACUUUUUUACACUUCAUGAGUAGUUUCAAUACUUGCAACGAACACUUUGGAAAAAAUAUAUUAUUUCUCAAUAUAUGUAUCUAGAAUUUUUAAAAAUAUAAACAAAAGAGAAAAAGCAAAAAAGAGUGUGUGAUAUGAGCGUGGCGAAAUCACAUGCUGACUGGCCGUCCUACUAUUGGCUCGCUGCUGAGCUCGGCUUUCGCGUCACUAAAGAUGUGACAUAUAUUUGCCCCACAAAGCGUCAGACUUUGGCUCAGCCCAAUUAUCGAAGCCAACAUAAACUAGGAACUCCUUUUUUCUUUUCUUUUUAAUACAGUACAUAAGCAAGUAGGCGUCUCAUCGUUGACGGGAACGUCCCCUCCCACUGAAAACACAUCGCUAUUUUUUUAAAAAUAAAUCAAGGAAUAAUGCAAGCAUCAGGACUUGAAUCCCGGUGAGCUGUGAAUACCACUAUCCCUCUAUCCUUGCAACCACAGUUUGGUUCGCAAUAGCAACUCCUUUCUAAGGUGUAUAGAAGGGGAUGUCUAGCUUGGCACGGCCAUCUCUAAAAAAAGGGCUAGGCACAUCGCCCGAGUGAGAUGGUUCACACGUAGCACUAUCUAUCUUUUCCGACUGACACGGGAAUGUUGCACUACCUUAUGUGUGCCACAAAAGUUGCAUACACCGGGGCUUGCGAACGGUUGCCAGACGUGACAAUAAAUCUGAAUUUUCUCUAGAAGGAGACGUACGUAUUCAUGUGGAGCAGCCGGCGGCCUCCUCGAUCGACUGCCAGCCGCAUGCCAUUACUCAAAAGUGUCGCUCGGUGGAAGACGAAACACCAAGAGCCAGAGCCUUUCCAUAUUCCACACUGUCUCCCUCCCCGGUUCGUCCCCAACUCUCCAUUAUAAUACCUUGCACACGCACAGUAGAGCACAAUACUACAUACAAGUCCAGCAUCGAUCAAGCGGAGGCGCCCGAUGGAGAAGACCCCCACAAACACCAAUACCAUCAACAAAACGGAGCUGCAACACGAUCACAGCGGGCAACCUCCAUGGCAACCUCCCGGACAAGAGCAAGUGUAUCUCCUGCUUCAUCAGAACGGGCUUCAGCCGUUGCUUCAUCCCCACGAGCUACAGCCGCUGCCACGGCGUCGACCGCAUCCUGCAAUCCGUCCGUGUCGCCUGCGCAUACGGCUGCAGUGCAGUCAAGUUGUUGUACCACGAGAAGGGGGAGCAUGAGAGGACCUGUCCCGGCAAAGCCGGCGCCGCGCAGAAGCAGGGACGGGUCCUGAAGAUGGGCCCCUGCGGCGGCGGCGGCGGAGACGUCUGGGAGAUGGACGUGCGGGGCGUCGACCGUAUCGUCAAGGUGGUUCUCUGGCACUCCGGCGCGGUCGACGCCAUCUCAGUGUCAUACGAGCGGGACGGCCGGGAGGAGCAGGCCAAGCACCGGGGAAAGCCGGAAGGACACCGCUCAGAGAUCUGCUUGGAGCCGGGUGAAUACCUCGUCGGCGUCAAAGGGAACCUGGGCAAUUUCGGUGGUUGUUUCCUCUUGGGAACGCUUACUUUCAUCAGCAACCUGCGCACCUUUGGGCCAUAUGGAACGAGGGAAGGUCCGCCAUUCGACCUUCCAGCAGCUGGAGGCAAGAUUGUCGGCUUCCAUGGCCGCUCCGGGGGCCUCCUCGACGCUCUGGGCACUUAUGUAUCGAUAUUACCAUUUGUACUGCAUGAACAUGUCAAUGUCUACUGUACCUCGUCACCAGACGUAUUACGCAUGAGCACAUCCAUAUAUUUUUGCAUUCUGCAUGUUGCGAGACAUGUGCCUCUUGUGUGUGUGGGUGGUUUGGUCGCUUAGUUAAAAUUUUGUAAACAUAUAGGAGCUGGAAUUUGGCAGUAUCGUAUUUACCGCUGCUCUAGUUGACAACUAUCCAGCUACAGACAAAAUUAAGUAACGUAUAUGCAAAAAAUUAGUAAUACAAAAAAAGGCACAUCCAACAAUUUUUUUUCUUUCUUUUGCUAUAUGUUAGAAAUUUAUGCGACAAAUUUAUUAUUAUGCUGCCCAAAUGAUUUUUUUUGUUUCCCACAGAAAAAAUAAAAAAUAUUAUUGCUGUUUUUUGCAUCCAAUAUAUGCAGAGGCGAGGCGAGUGUAAAUUGUGUUUGUAUCCACUUGAUCCUUUGUUUUGAGUCAACAAAAUCUACCCUUUGGCUGAAAAAAUCCCUGGCUGCAACAUGACACCAUUUAUCUCUAUAUGAGUUUUUUAGACGCUUCUGUAUACGGGCUUUAUACCAGUAACAUUGUUGGCAGGGGGUUCAGUUCUCUUUGAGGCUAGCUCUUCAUCACAUCUGAAUUGCUUGAAGUAAACUAUAAUUUUUCAACUAUUUGUGGCAACGCUACUUUUCCAUGAAUAGAAAUCUAUGGACAACCCGAUUAGUCAUGAGUUGUGUAUAAUUGCCUGUCAAUGGGUUAUCCAUCGGUCCGUCUUUUUAGUAUUUAAAUAACCAAACAAAUAGUAUUAUUGAUUACAUGAGGGCAGUAAAAAAAUUCAUACUGAAUUAUAAAAAAUGUUUGUGAAUUCACAAUAUGUUAAUGUAUUUGAAUAAAUGCUCAUGAAUCUUAAAAAAUGUUUGCAAAUCGGAUAAAUGUUCAUAUAUUAAAAAAUAGUUCACAAAUUCAGAAAAUGUUUUUGGUGAAUUCAAAAAAGUUCCUGAAUUCUGAAAAAUAUUUCUCGGAUUCUAAAAAUGUUCGUGUAUUCAAAAAAUGGUCAUGAAUUAAAAAAAGUUAUUGAGUUACAAAAAUGGUUGAAAAUCCAAAAAUGUUCAUGCAUUCAAAAAAUGUUUAUAGAUUCAAAGAGUACUCUUGAAUUCAGAAAUGUUCUUGUUAAAUUCAAAAAAAUAUCUGCAUAUUCAAAACUUGCUAACAUAUUCAAAGAAUUGUUCAUGAAUUCAAAUAUUGUUGAGGAAUUCAAAAAAAAAAAAUCUGGAAUACAAAAAUGUUCACGAACUGAAAAUACUAUGAAAUGAAAUAUAAACAGAAAUAAAACAAACAAAAAAUACCGACCAGAGACCUAGAACCAAAAGUGAGAAAUGAAUGAAAAACCGGCCUACUAGAGGAAAACAAAAAUAAAACAAAAAAAUACUGAUGAGAAACCUAGAAACAAAAGUGAGAA